AUGGACGAGCAAGCGGGGCCCGGCGUUUUCUUCAGCAACAACAACAACAAUAACGCCCUGCUUCUGCCGCCGCCGGCGGGUGGGCCGGGGCUGGAGCCGGGCGAGGCGGCGGCGGCAGCGGCCGCCGCGGCGGCAGCAGGAGGAGGAGGAGGCGGCGGCGGCGGCGGCGGGGGGGUCUCAGCCUCCGGAGCCGCCGCACCAGUGUCGGCGUCCCGGGCUCAGUACAGCGUGCCGGGCAUCCUGCAUUUCCUGCAGCACGAGUGGGGCCGCUUCGAGGCGGAGCGCGCCGAGUGGGAGGCGGAGCGGGCGGAGCUGCAGGCCCAGAUCGCCUUUCUUCAAGGUGAAAGGAAAGGACAAGAAAAUCUGAAGAAGGAUCUAGUGCGAAGAAUCAAAAUGCUGGAAUAUGCACUUAAACAGGAAAGGGCUAAAUACCACAAAUUAAAAUAUGGCACAGAAUUGAAUCAGGGAGAUAUGAAGCCACCAAACUAUGAUUCCGAUGAAGGGAAUGAGACAGAGAUUCAGCCACAACAGAACAGUCAGCUAAUAUGGAAACAAGGACGACAGCUGCUAAGACAGUAUCUACAAGAAGUGGGCUACACUGACACGAUAUUGGAUGUGAAGUCAAAACGAGUACGAGCUUUAUUGGGCCUCUCAAGUGAUGCUUCAGAGAAGGAAAACAGAAAUCAAGAGCCGAUGGUAAAUGGCACAGAGGGCCAGAUUAAAGAAAACGCAAUGAUUGGGAAACCUGAAUUGACUGACUCUGCCUCUCUGCUAGAGACCUUCAAGUUUCUUGAAAAUGCAGCUGCAGACUUUAGUGAUGAAGAAGAUGAAGAAGAUAUUGAAGGAAGAGAGAAAACAAUCAUUGAUACCGCAACAAUUGUAAGGAAAAGAGUGCUAUCUGACAGCAGUGAAGACAGAGAUACAGAAGAAGCUUUGAAAGAGUUUGACUUCUUGGUUACCUCAGAUGAAGGUGAUGGGGAAUCGAGAAGUUCAGGAGAUGGAACGGACUGGGAAAAGGAAGACCAGUGUCUCAUGCCUGAAGCUUGGAAUGUCGACCAGGGAGUAAUAACCAAACUCAAGGAACAAUACAAAAAGGAGCGCAAGGGGAAAAAGGGGGUGAAGAGAAAAACUACCGAAGAUAUGUUUCAGCCUCAAUCCUAUAUAAAACAGUCAAAACAGGGAUGUGGGAAAAUGAUGGAGCAAAGCACAGGGCCCAACAGGUCAAAGCUGCAAGAUAUGCUUGCAAACUUGAGAGAUGUUGAUGAUCUCCCUUCAUUACAGCCAUCUGUUGCACCUUCUUCUAGGCCCAGUAGCUCAAGGCUCAUUGAACACGAGAUAAACAGAACAGAUGAAGUGGAAGCUUUAACAUUCCCUCCUUCUUCAGGGAAAUCUUUCAUUAUGGGAACAGAUGAAGCACUUGAAAAUGAGCUGGGUCUUGGAGAACUGGCAGGCCUUACAGUAGCCAAUGAGGCAGAUUCACUGACUUACGAUAUAGCAAACAAUAAGGAUGCAUUGAGAAAGACUUGGAACCCCAAAUUCACAUUAAGAAGUCACUUUGAUGGAAUAAGAGGUCUCGCUUUUCAUCCGGUUGAACCAGUCUUAAUAACAGCUUCAGAGGACCAUACACUAAAAAUGUGGAAUUUACAAAAAACAGCCCCAGCAAAAAAGAGUGCUUCUCUUGAUGUAGAGCCAAUAUAUACCUUCAGAGCACAUAAUGGACCAGUGCUCUGUGUGGUGAUGAGCAGUAAUGGUGAACAGUGUUACAGUGGGGGAACGGAUGGCCUCAUCCAUGGCUGGAAUACAACCAACCCAAACAUCGACCCCUAUGACUCUUAUGAUCCUUCUGUUCUAAGAGGUGCUUUUGUAGGCCAUACAGAUGCAGUGUGGGGUCUGGUUUACAGUGGAGCACACCAGCGUUUGCUGUCCUGUUCAGCAGACGGCACUAUACGUCUAUGGAAAGCUACAGAAAUCGCUCCAGCUCUCAAUAUAUUUAAUGAUAAUCAAGAAAUGGGAAUCCCUUCGUCGGUAGAUCUUGUGAGCAGUGACCCAAGCCUCAUGGUAGCAUCAUUUAACAGUGGACACACUAGCAUUUUUAACAUGGAGACACAGCAACGAAUUCUUACCCUGGAGUCCAGUGUGGAUACUACAGUCAGUUCCUCCUGUCAGAUAAACAGAGUCAUCAGCCAUCCAACUCUUCCAAUUAGUAUCACUGCUCAUGAAGACAGACACAUCAAAUUCUACGACAACAAUACAGGAAAACUGAUCCACUCCAUGGUAGCUCACUUAGAUGCAGUUACAAGUUUAGCUGUUGAUCCUAAUGGCUUGUAUUUGAUGUCUGGCAGUCAUGACUGUUCGAUUCGCUUGUGGAAUCUUGAAAGCAAGACCUGCAUCCAAGAAUUUACUGCUCAUCGCAAAAAAUUUGAUGAGUCCAUUCAUGAUGUGGCAUUCCACCCCUCCAAAUGUUAUAUUGCCAGUGCAGGAGCAGAUGCCCUGGCUAAAGUGUUUGUAUGACAGAGUGCUUCCCUUUCAACUCUAGCUUUGUAUAUAUUUAACCAGCUGCGCAAAAGAGAAGAGGAGGGCAUGAGUCUUCUUAUCCUGCCCUAUAAUUCAGAGAAUGUUUGUAAGUGUUUAGUUUUGCAGGGUGCUGUUUUCUAAAUUGACGUUUGUUCUGGUUUCUGUAGCUCAGCUGGUGCUGAGAGCUUGGAAACUCUCAGUUUCAAAUAGUUAAAACACAAAAGAAAUGCUUUUAUUUCAGAGGGUGUGAAUUUUCGUCCAGGCAGGCCUUGGGUGAAACUAGGUCUAUGUAUUCUGUAUUAAUAAAAUGGGGUACUGGAAAGACGGGGUCUAAUUGCAUCAGGGAGUAGGAAAAGAGGGAAACUUCCUAGGAUGCUUCUCAUUGAGGAAUCUUAAUGUACUUAAAAUUAAAUCACCUGGAAAAAGUGUCAGUUCACAUGCUCAUUACUGUGUCAUGUGAGAAGCACUUUGUCAUCCCUUUGGUAUUAAUAAAGUAGAUCUUGUUCAGAGAGCAGUAGCAGAUAGUUAAUCUCAGCCACCUGGCUGCUAGCCUAAGAUAAAUGCAAUUAAAGGAAAGCAAAUUACUAACAUAAAUUAAAAUAUAGUAAAGUUUUUGUUAUAUCUUCUGUGUUAUACACUAAAUAUUUAGUUUGCAAAAAAAUUUGUAUAACUUUUUAAAGACUGUAUUAGUGUGUGGCUAGAAGCUGAGCCUUUAGUCUAGUCCCAAUUAACAACAGACUGAAGCAGUCUGUAUAUACUGUAGUAGCAGAUUUAACUUAUUCAGGUUUAUAAUGCUGUUUAUUCUUGGAGAUCUGGCACAAGAAAUUAUCACAGAGCUUUCCAAGGAAGCUGUCCUACAAUUUAACUAUCAAACAUUCAUCUCCUCUUUCUGUUCCUGCUAAAAAGGGUAUCAUUCUGGGCAUUAAGGAUAACACCAAAAUACUUCUUUUGAAGAUUAAACCUAUACCUGAUGCUUUGUAUGAGUCCUGCUAGUGCAAUAGGUGGGAACUAUAUCAAGUUCCAUCAGUCUGAGAGAUUCUGCUACUUCUAGAGGUAUUUCCCAGAUUCACCAUUUGUGGAACUUUUUAACUUGUCUGCUUCACUGGGUGUAUCGUGCCGUUGAUUAGGUUACCUGAAGAAUGAGUGCUUCUGGUAAUUACUCAACAGAUGUGCUUUGUUUAUGUAUUCAGAGCUUCUCUGUUGAUUUGAAUGACAAAUAACUUUUAAUCUGAUCUUUUAGUCUUUUUAUCCCUUCUUAAAGGAAGGUGAGUGGAUUCUUUUCUAUUACGUGUCAUCAGAGUUAUUACUGCUUAUAAGCCUGAAGUUGGUGUUUUCCUCUAAUGGGAAUGGAAGGCAGAAUUUCUGCUGGAGAGGAUUUCUGGUGCUGAUGUGAGUAGGAAAGAACCCAAUGCAACUCUUCCACGCGCCAGCCUGAGGUUAAGACUGGAAACUGAUAAAUAAAUCUUUACCUUUAAACUGACACUUUUUAAAAAGGAAUUGUUGAAAGAUAUCAACAUAGGGUUUGACUGUGUUGUUUUUAGAGUGGCAUUUGGGGAUGGGACCACAUUUGAAGCUGAUCUCAGAGUUUAAAUGAACUAUAUUAUUUGGAAUAAAAGGUUGACCUGUGCUGUUUGAGCCUGCAACACAUUAUAUUUACUGCUAAAAUAUCCUGGAAUACCUUUUAUUGCUCAGAAUAUUCAGAUAUGUCACUUCAUGAUACUGAUAUGCAAUAUAUUUCCAUAGAUAAGAUUAGAACUUUUACCAUGAAACAGAUGACUACAAUAGUAAUUCAGAUUAUUUAGUUUUUAUAAAGUGUUUUGGUUAUGAUGGAAAGGGGGAAACUUGGCUGCAAAACUGAGCAUUCAACUUUGUGAGAGUUCUGUGUACUUGACUCAUAUUCUUUCAGUGUCAUUAUUUUAUUUCUUUUUGAAGAGGAAAUUACAAAGAUUUAUUUGAAAAAUUCUAAAAGUUAUGUAUAUUAUAUAUGUGUAUAUAUAUUGUAAACAUGUAUUAAAUGUGUCUAGUAAGGGAAGACUCCAUGGGUGCAUUUUAAUGUUUUAGUAUUAAGAGUUCUCUUGAGUUUGUGUAUACAAAGGAUAAUGGUGUGAGUAUGAAAUGAAUGUUGUGCUUUUUGCUUACACAAUACAAUAUGUAGUUACAGUUGUUUAAAUUGCUGUACAUAAAACUAAUAGGCUGGCAUGCUUGUUUUUAAAGACUGUCAUUCUGAUUACAAUUGGAAUGUAAGAAGUGGCUGUUCAAAUGUGAAUUGAAAGAUGUUUCCUUCUCACUAUUGAGCUCUUGCUCAAACUGAAAAGUGAUUUUUUUUUAAAAGCUGGCAAUAGCUAGAGGAUGAGGUGCCUUUAAAAAACAAAACAAAACAAAUGUAGCCUUACAAAGAGGUUGUGGAGUAUAUAUAUUUUUGUGCUGGUCUUCAUAAUUGAUGUCAAUGUCUUUUUACUGUACUUGCUCACAUACUUGUAGGACUGCAGGGUAUUGUGCAUGAGCCUGUCAGAUCUUCUGAACAUCAUCAUAGGAGUUAGAGAUGCAAAAACUAUUUAGGUUAUCUAGUCCAUAGACUAGAUAACCUUACAAGCUUGCUAAAGCAGGGUUGUAGACUUGUGCAUUUUGAUAUUGUCUUGGCCAGUGAGGUUUUAUAUGUGUUCUAAACAAUUAGGCUUCCUUUCGAAGAUUAUUUAAACGAUUACGUCUCACUGACAGGAGGAUUUACAUGAUGUUUAGUGGUUCUUUUUUGUAACUUCUUGCCAGUAUUCCAAGCCAUGUUUUGUGCCAUUUUACAUAUUCCUCAUCAUCUUUGUGAUUUGGAACCUGCAUGCACGCACUGGUUCUAGCUGUAUAUUUCCAUUCCUUUCCACUUUCUUCAAGCUAUUUUUUAGUCUGCUCUUUUUACACAACUUUUUUCUUGUUUUCAGCUUUUUAGCUCGGUUCUCCAUAUCUUGGUGCCUUCAACACCAUUCCACAUGCAUGAUUUGUUGGACUUAGUCUGAAGGUCAUCUGUUAAGGGUGGUUUUUGUUUGGUUGGUUUUUUUCCCCUCUGUAACAUGAUGCUUUUGUGUAGGAAGACCAAACUUUUGGUCUUCUGGCUAGUGUCUCACAAACCCAAAUUGUAUUUCUUCAUUUCUGACAACUGUUUUAAGUAACUUUUGAGCAUUGUUGCUUCUCAAGGUGGUUCUUCACUUUCAGUAUGUUGUUAUGCUUCUUUUGCAGCUAGAUACUUAAUCCCUGUUUCAUGAUUAUCCUGAGUUUUAUAAGCUUUGAACUUCUAAUCUCUGAGGGCACUAAAUUAUUUUUAUUUUUUCCCUUUUAUGUGCAGUUCUUCCUGGUUCAAUGUAAUUGGUAACUUUCAUGAAUGUGAUACAUACAUCUAUUGAAGACGUAAACAAAACUGGACCUAAGGCUUAUUCUUGCAAAAAAGCAUUUUUGUGCAACAUCAGUAUAUGGCGUUUUACCAUUACUGUUUUUCCCAUAUCUAAUUUACAUGGUACAUUUUUUAACGGUAAACUCAUGUAAUUUUUGUGUAUGUUAGCCUGUGCUACUGAUUUUGAUUUUACUAACUAACUUAAUGGGAGAAUUUUCAGUCCUUCUGUAUGUUGAAAAUUGGUCCGCUAGGUUUAAAUACUCUCAUUUUUAUUUCUAAUUUACUUCACUGUGCUGUUUGCUUUCACAUAUUUGAUUCAGUUACCAAAACGCUUGCACAAAAUGAUUUGGGGUAGCCUGGAAGAAGCUCUAGAUAUAAUUAUGUUGUGGAAAACAUUUUCUUCACUCUUGCAAAAUCCUAGUGUCUGCAUUUUCUUUUUUUGUGCCUCAAAGAGAAAACUUUUGACAUACCACAUAAAAGAUUUUAUUACUUGUAAGAAAGUCACUCGAUGAAUAUUUUGGGAUCUCAGUCAUCUUUAUUUUGAUAACUUAUGUUUUUUAGCAAGAAGCCUGUAGAACUAUAUGCCACGUACUGUAGGUUAUUUUUUAGGCCGUAUGUUUUCAAAUAAUGUUAUGUUAAAGCAGUCCCAUAUGUAAUGUGUUUGAGCAAGUGUGUGAUGUUCACCGUACAGCUUUGUGAUUAGGUCAUACAACACCAUUUUGCAGUUGUGAAUUUAAAGUAACCAGAAACUUGUCCUUUUGAAUAAAUGUGUAAUUGAUAAAGGACUUAGUUACACCACCUUUUUCAGUACACCUGUUUGAUCACAGAUGUGUCCCCUUUCCCUACCUUCUUCCUCAUGUUUUAACAAUGUAAUUUUGGGCAGCAGCAAUUUCCAUAAACUGAUGUGUCAUUUGAGCAGUGUUCGAUUGGCAGAAGUGUUAGUCCAUCCCAAAGGAAACAAAAAAUUAAAAAGUGGGCAUAACCAUCAGAUAAGCAAGUUUUGGGUUUUUUUUUAAAUGCCUUUGAAGAUGUGUAUUUGGAAGCAUUUGCAGGCUGUGGUUUGGCAGUGUCUUUGUAGACUGUCCUACGGAGCCUACUUGACACCUGUGUGAAAUACCUAGUAAACCUAGUGAAACCUAGUAACAUGGGUUGAUUUAAGGAAGAAAAUGAGCCACUGUGGUUGUCCCUGUGCCUGUACAAGAGACUGUAGCAGUGUUCUCCUUUGAGUCCUCUUUGCUGAAGCAUCAGGUUUGCAAUCUGACACAAGUAAUUUCUGCAGCAUGGGAGUAUCUGCAGAUGAGAUUAUGUGUAUUUUUACUUUGAAGAUACGUAGGCAGUGGUCAUUUGGAUUGUGUGCUGAACAGCAAGGGAAGCAGAGAGACCGUUUGCUGAACUCUGUAGGGGAUAGAUAGUGGGUUAGAUGGCCAGAACCGAUGUGUCCUCCGUGUGACUGGUGUCAUCGUGGGAGAAUUCAGCUGGGGAGCAGUGCAGAGUUUAGCCAGAUGGUAUCGCAAAGGAAAAAGGUUAGAGUAACAAGUUUAGCGAGGCUUUCCCAUAAUGAUUCUUCAGGUUUAUUCAUUUGUCCAUUGGUGGCAGGUUGUAUGAAGGAUAAAGUCUCGUAUAUAUCCAGAUUCCAAAUUGUGCACUCUUGUGUCAAAGUAAAAGGUAGAGAUUGUUCAUAUUUCAAAACUAUGUCACUUUAGAUGAGGAGAUGGCAAGAGAUUUGUAAUAGCUUAUUACUUAAAUUCUAAGAACAGAACUUACUCUUCUGCUGACAUAGUCUUCAUGUUGGGAACCCAGUUAUGCAAAGAUAAGUUUCUCAGGCACUGUAGUGGGACUACUCUUUUGCUUCCGGAUAAACAUUUAUUUAAAAACAAAAUUGCAGGACUAAGACUUUGUCUCAUGAUGUCUGUCAGUAUUGAACCAAAGCCACAAAAUUUGGAAAGCAGAGUAGAAUUUUAGGCUUAUUUCUCCUUUUUUUUCUUUUUUUUCCUUCAGUCAUAAUCUACAUAUUUAAUAUAUAUUACAUACAGUGUCAUCUGUAUGACUCACUUCACAUUAAAUAGCCCAUUCUGUAAAAAAUACUCCUUCAGUACUUUCUCAUGCAAAUGAGAUGUGAAUGGGACCAGUGGUUCCAGGUAAUUUGUGACUCGCUUAGCAUGUAUGUCUUUCAAUUUUCUAAUGGGUGAGCUGAUAAGAUUAAUGGAAAUAACUGUGAAAAUAUGAUGCUGCUUAUAAUAUAGCAUUUAAAAACAUUCUGAAAUUUAUGGCUGUUUAGUGGAAGUUGUUUUGGACUACACUGUUAAGAGUGAAGAAAUCAGAAUAUGAUAGUAAACUACUUACAUAUGGUAAAUUGGUUUGUAUAAGAUGUUGCAAUCAUUGACAUGUUAAUUUGAGUUUUCUUGGGCAUCUGCUGUUGGUGAGCAUUGUAGGGGUGCUCAGUGUAGCUAUUAGUAUUGAGUGACAGAGAGGAAGCAAAGAUUUCCCUGAAAAAACUACUCAGAUGUUUCAGGAAGAUCCCUUUUUCCAUAAGGACGUGAAGGUGUUGAGAAUAUUUUGUCUAAAUCUGAUAACAUGUUUAGUUGAAGAGGGUUACAAUAGGUGAACAGUCUUGACUCUUUAAUCGUCAGUGUCUUUAAGCUUAGAGACGAACACCGUCACUGAAACGAAUGGCCUGUAAAGUGCUAGUCAAAACCUCUGCAGUGUUUCUACUGAGCAGCAGAGAAACUGAUGAAAACCAGAGUGUUCAUCCAUCCAGUUAUAUAGGGGGUGUUUUACAAGAAAUAACCCACAUUGUAAAAGAUAGUAUUACAUACAACAGAGCAAAUGAACAAACACCUGGGGUGUGGGGUGGGACUAGGAUGACCUUUGUGUAAAUAGUCCUUGCUCAGGCAAGUGCUCUUGUUCAGCUGUUGGGACUACCCCCAGGAGGGAGGGUGGUGGGAAAUAAGACCUUUAAAAUGAUGUCUCUGCCUGUGCUAAUGAACAUACCUGUUGUGCAGGUUAUCUGUCCUUUUGAUACCUGUUUUUUAUCUUCUCAGUUACAUCUUCCUUUAGGCUUUAUUUUCUGAGAAUCUUAAAAUCUCAUCUGCAGUGGAGUUUCAUUGCAGGGUAAAUUUCAUAAAGGACUAUUGAUUUUCUCUUAGAGUGUUUUUUGAAGGGUGGUGGGAUUUCAGCUUCAGCCCUACCCCUCCCACCACCAAAAGGCUGAUUUGUACCUCCUUAUUCCCAGUUCAUUUAAUUCUACUGAGUUAUCUCUUACCCCACCUGCUGACUUAAUCUUGCUGCUCUGUAGUCUGUUGUGAAAAUUUACCAAGUGCUGUAUCAUUUAAGAUUAAUUCCACUACAGAAGGUGUAAAUCCAGUUGAAUAGUACAAUUUGUGGGUCUCAACUGGUUCAUUGUCAGGAGAGAUUUGUUGCUAGAUGACAAAAUCCAAACUAUGGCUGAGAUAAAAAGGUGUUUAGUAAUAAUAUAUGCUUUUUAGCCCAACUUUCUUCCUGAUUAAGUCUGGGUUGUGGUAUUGUUUGUUAAACUAGUUUCGCUCUGCUCGUGCUGCCAAGCCAUGCUGUGAUCCUGGGAGAUCACACCCACGUUUAAACCAUGCCUGCAUGUGUGUUUUUAAGCUGCUCAAAGCCUUGUGUUGACACGAUCCUCAAGUCUGGUCUACUUGCAUUCCCUCAGUUUGAAUUGCAGGCUCCCAAAAUUACUUCCUUGCUAUUUCAAGAAACCCUUGGUCCUCACACCAGAGUAUUAGACUGGGACAUUGCGAAAAGAUUUGUGCAGCUGGAUUUGUACUAUUCUGAAAGGGAGGGGAUAACUUGUUGCCAAGCCAAAUAUUUUCAUUAUUUUUGCAUUACUUACUAAAAGCAGCCAAAAACAUUGUAUAAGGGAUAAACGAUGGACUUCAAGCUAAUAUUUUUCCAUUAAGAAUUUAUUUUUUUAUUCUUCCUGUCAUCAAGAUAUAGUGCUUUUUGAAUGUAGCUUGUUUUCAGAGGUAUGGCUCCUAGAAUUGUUUCCUUGCAGUCAGACAUGUACAAACAUGCAUAGGUUUUGAAAACUGUUUCAUAUGUGUUAGCACUUUUUCUGGAAAUGCAAACUGAGCAUGUUAGCUAAUAAUUUCUUGUACCUUUGUAGCCCAAGCAGACUGAAAAGCGGUCUUGUGCUAUGUUUUCCUUGAAUCAUGCAUCUGAAAAAACUUGUAGAAGGAAAUCCAUGAUGAGAAGCCUAUUGUUGCUGUAAGAUUUUCUGUUGACAUUUGUCAGCAUAUCAGCUACCUGCAUUGUAUUUCGUAUAAGUAUCUUCAAUUGGUUUCUUCUAAAAGAAACUGUCAGGUUAAAAAAGACAAAUUUCUUUGCCUUAUGGAUCAUAGUUUGGAUUUGGUUUUGUUGCUUACAUUAAUAUACUUUUUUUUUUUUCCUCUCUACAAGAAUAACUAUUGAACUUAAGUUACCUGACAGUUCUCUUUUGGAGAAGAUACCACAGGUGAUAACCACUUAAAUGUUAGUAAUUACAGUUGCUACUCUUCUGUUUUGGGUCACUUCCAUGACAGAUAGUUGAUAUGAAAAGGCUACUGUGACUGAUACAUAAACAAAUAGAGGAAGUUAAGACUCCCCUUCAGAAUUAUGCUGAGGUUAUGAUUUUGCACGCCAGUUUUAAAUGACUACUUGGAAACAAUGUUGGGCUUCAAGUGUCUUACAGAGUGGUGGAUCAAAAUGAGAAAUACCUACUCGUUGAGUAAUAGUCUGCUUGUCAGUUUUUGUGUAUGGCUCAGUACAAGGCUGUGUCAGAAUUUCAGUACCACCAAAUUACCUUGUUUAAAUGCUACUGUGGUACAAAAGUGAAUGUUAUUUUAAAUGAGAAAUUCUGUUUUCUAACUUGUGAAGGAAAUAGUUUUCUUGGGAGUAAGCAUCCCUAAAUUUAAAGUAUUUCAUGAUUUCAGAAAGGCUUCUUAAUCAUGGGACAUGAGAAAAGUGAAAAACUGAUUUGCUCUCCAAAGAUUUGAUAAGCAUUUAUUAAAAAAGUAUAAAUUUUUGCUUUAAUUGAAAAUGCUUCUUUAAACACUUAAUAUUAAACUUCUUACUAAAAUUCAGUACUUUAAAAUCCUGGAUAAAUAUCUAAAAUGGCAAAGAUAGAAAAUUCAGAGGGAGAUUAUUUUGAAAUAUGCCAGUAUAUUUUUGAGCUUCUCAAUUGCAGCCCUGAAUUUUCUCUUUUUCACUGCAAUUCAUAUUUUGUGAAACUUCUUGGAUAGGUUAUAUUUAAAGCUACAUUCACUUGCCUGAAUAAGUCAAGUAAAUAUUUUGUCAUUAAAAUUAUAUAGAUCUGCUUAUGCUAGUGUGAUGUUUAAAAUGAGACCACAUUGAGGUAACCAUGCAGGUAUUUGUAUUGGUAUGACAGUAGUGAAGUGGGGUAGCUGUAUACUGUACCUGCGUUCUGUGCUGAGCAAAAUCACAUGGACUUCCAGAAAUAAGCAAUGGUUUUUAAAAGCAGCUUUAUUUAAUGUUACAGCAGCAAGUAAGUGUCAUUUGUACCAUAUAAUUAUGUAAAUUGGGUGCUAAUAAAUACUAUU